GUAACAACAGAGGAGUCCUACAUGUCUUUGUCAGACUAAGAUAGCCGUUCCGCCGUGGAAGACGAGGGCGCUCCUUCCAUGCCAACGAUGCUUUUUCACAGACCAUCUGACCCCCCCACCAACAAGCCACUUCCUCUUUUGUCUAAUUUCAUGGCGAUCGGGAGAGAGGGAACACCACCGACGCACGCACACUGUCUCAGCACUCCUGAAAGAGUUUAUUCGGGUGUAAACUAAGUUGUCAACGUGACUGGCACAACGAACAUUGCUCCCCAGGUUAAUCUAAGUGGACAUCACAUUAGGGGCUCCAUAGCACUUGGAUCUGUUCUUCUCUGUCCCAGGUUCAGACUGCUUGGUCUAUGGCGCUGAUGGACAAACACAAACAGGUCAAGCGGCAGAGACUUGACCGCAUUUGUGAGGGUAUCCGACCCCCCAUCCUGAACGGGCCAAUGCACCCGCGGCCCCUGGUGGCCCUGCUGGACGGGCGUGACUGCACUGUGGAGAUGCCCAUCCUCAAAGAUGUGGCCACAGUGGCCUUCUGUGAUGCCCAGUCCACACAAGAGAUUCACGAGAAGGUGCUAAAUGAGGCAGUGGCCGCCCUCCUGUACCACACCAUCACUCUGUCCAGAGAUGACUUGGAAAAGUUUAAAGGCCUUCGAGUAAUUGUUAGGAUUGGCUCGGGCUUUGACAACGUUGACAUCAAAGCAGCUGCUGAACUAGGCAUUGCUGUCUGUAACGUGCCAGCAGCCUCGGUUGAGGAGACCGCCGACACUUCGCUAUGUCUGAUCCUCAACCUCUACAGGCGAGUCACCUGGAUGCACCAGGCCCUCAGGGAGGGAACCCGUGCCUCUAGUGUGGAGCAGAUCAGGGAGGUGGCUGGCGGUGCUGCUCGUAUCCGGGGCGAGACGCUGGGCAUUAUCGGCCUGGGGCGUGUUGGCCAAGCGGUGGCUCUGCGGGCCAAGGCCUUUGGUUUUGGCGUGAUCUUCUAUGACCCCUACCUGCCCGACGGCGUGGAACGUUCACUGGGCCUGCAACGCAUGGCCACCCUGCAGGACCUGCUCAUCCACUCGGACUGUGUGUCCCUCCACUGCAGCCUCAACGAGCACAACCACCAUCUCAUUAACGACUUCACCAUCAAACAGAUGCGUCAGGGAGCCUUCCUGGUGAACACGUCAAGAGGGGGUCUGGUUGACGAGAAAGCAUUGGCUCAGGCCCUGAAAGAGGGCCGGAUACGAGGGGCCGCCCUGGACGUCCACGAGACAGAACCAUUCAGCUUUUCAACAGGCCCUCUGAAGGAUGCACCCAACCUGAUCUGUACUCCACACACAUCCUGGUACAGUGAGCAGGCCUCUGUGGAGGCUCGCGAGGAAGCAGCUAGGGAGGUUCGCCGCGCCAUCACUGGGCGUAUCCCCGACAGUCUGAAGAACUGUGUGAAUAAGGAAUAUCUGAUGGCAGCCUCUCAGUGGCCCAGCAUGGAGGCAGCCACUGUUCACCCAGAACUUAAUGGAGCCACUUACAGAUUUCCUCCAGGUCUGAUUAAUGUUGCAGCAGCAGGGGGUCUCCCUGGAGCUGGCGCAGGGGUUGAAAGCCUGGUUUCAGGAACCCUGGCGCACGGCAUUGCCCCCGUCUCCCACCCUCCUCACGCCCCUUCCCCGGGGCAGCCUACUAAGGCCGAAGCCGACAGAGACAUCCCCUCCGACCAAUAGCCCCCCCUGCCGCCGCCAGCACAUUCCGUCACCUCUGGAAACCACCCCACCCCCACGCCCACCUUCCAGCAUCAGACACAGCCCGGCCCUCCAGUACAUCAGCAGCACCAGUUUGACCUGAUGUGGAUCUACAGUCUUUUUUUUCUCAGAUCACAUAACCAGCCCAGGAGUGACCUAUCCACAGCUACCCCACAUCCCACCCAAAUCCCUCCAAAACACACACACAUCCCUCCAUCCUAGUCCUCACCUCACCCACCCAACCAACCAACCACCAUCCCCUCCCCCCUUCACUCCCCCACAACGUCAGCAAUAACUCUGUUCUCAAGGAUUCAAUGAUUGGAUUGGUUUAUUUCCUUAGUUGGCUGUUGUUUUAAUGGAAAGUUGAUCUGUUGUGGUUCUAGGUGUUAAUGUUUGUUUGUUUGUUUGUUUGUUUGUAAAAAAAAAAAAAAAAAAAAAAAUAGCAUUUCUGACAUGAGGCUUCACAGUCUGCUGCCUCCUGCAGUCCUCCUCCUGACUGACCAGUAGAGGCACAGAGGCAGAAAGUUUGAAGCCCCCCUUUGUACAUUAAUGGCUCAUGUUACUGCUCUCUUCUUCUUCUUUUCUUUUUUUUUCUCUCUCCCCCUCCACCUUUCUUGUGAAGGGGGAAAAAUGUGUACUAAAGUAAACCAGACAGAAUCACAAACAGUACAUCCUGUCCUCCCCACCAGGCAUCUAGCUACCCCUUAGCCCAGUUCUGCCCUUAGUUCUCCCCGUUACUGUCAGCUUGCUCGGCAGAGGGAACCAUAAUGCUAUCAGUGUGGAGCUCUCUCAGACUGUCAAAGUAUAUUUUAUCUGAUCAGCUCAUGCUUUAGCUCUCAACCUCAAUGGAAUGAUACCCAAGAUCCUUUGUCACUUUUUACUGCUAUGACUGUCCAGUUUUAGGACAGUCAUCCCUGUAUUUACACAUGCUUUGUCUUUCGUUGAUUGUUCUGUCAUGACAUAAUAGCUUAGAACAUCAUAUCAGAGAGCAACUACGCAUUCAUUUCUAUCUAACGCCAGCAGCCAGGAUGCUGCGUGUGAGGUCCGUACUCACGGUGCCCACACAGUAUCAAACGCAGCAGCCUUCUCUGUUGCUGGAAAAACAGCAGCGUGCUAGGGGCCUCGCCAGCAGAGGGCACUGUCUGACUGCUCAGAGCUCAGAGCUUUAUGCAGCUCACCUCAGUCAAACAGAUGAACAGUUACAGGUUAGCGUUAGUGAUGAAGAACAGGAUCACACACUGCCAACAUUCAGAACACAGGAUGGGUGACCGGAGAUUGACUACCGCCUUAUUGUUUGAUAAGAUCUCACUGCACCCCACCACCACCCCCCUGCAACCACCCACCCUCCACUCUUCUCCCACUGUCAUUACUGACCCUACACAUCUGCUCAUGAACCAGUAUGCAUCCACCAAGUCCUUUAAGUGUGAGGGGACAGUAGAGAUUAAAUUCCCUGUAGGAGCAAGGGGACAGUGUUCUUGCAUGCUGGCUUUAUUAAUGACAGUGGUGUGUGCGCGCCUGUGUUUGUGUGUGUGUGUGUGUGUGUGUGUGUGUGUGUGGGUUUGUUUGUGUGUGUGUUUGUAUGUCCCCUCACCCUGUUAUGAUAACAAGCUGUUGUCUUUCCAAAGGAAUAGUCCCUAGGAGUAACUCUUUAACGCUGUUGCCCUGGUGUCAAGGGAACACCUUUCUAGUACCUCAGUAACAGAUAUUGAAUGUACCGUGCAUACCCUUUUAUUUUUUGUACAGAUUUUCUAGAUACUUCUUUACUAUUCUUUACCAGAAGGGUUUUGAAAUUGUAGCAGUAAUGAUACAAUAUAAAUAAAAAACAUUGCCCCAUGAAAUAAAUUGACAAAAUCUUUGUAGGUUCGCUCUAGGUCACUGAAUACUCAGGCUUCAAAACCAGUGUGUAUCUCCCUCCCCUUUACCUUUUAUUUCCCCAUCGUGGAAAAUUCAGCACAACGCUUCCCCAUUCUUAGACUUCAGACUGUAGUUGAUGCGUUUCGAACUCAGUCGUACUGACUAAUGAAAAAUGAGGAAAAAAACUGAAGGCGGUCAUCAUGGUCUGCUAGAUCUCUUUUAAUAGAACAGUAGUAGUAGCUGUUUUGUUUGUUUGGGUUUUUUUUUUUACCCCCAUUCAUUGUCAAGCUGCUCUAUCUAUAGUGCAUGUGGGGUAAUUUUCUAGGGGAAAUACUAUUGGCUUAAAAAAAUUGGUGUCAUCUUGCUGUUUCCCUCUGCUCCCCGGCCUUCUCCCUCUCAGAGUGUUUUCAACCCGAGUUGCCAUUUUUGUCGUGGUCAGUUUCCAGUGAUGUACAGUUUUCCCCUCAGAGUCUAUGAGAGACAUGGAGCAUGACUGUGUCCUGAGAUGCUAGGCUCCUCUGUCAUGUGAUGAGUAUAUAUUUUUAAAAAUAACCCCCGUAGUUCGGAUUAUGAGCAUUAUAGUAAUCUUAAAUUUUGCUGUUGAUGAUGAUGAUUAUAUAUAUAUUUUUUCAGUUCAGCAGUGCACUGUUAUGAAAACCAUUCUGUUUUUAAUGUAGGAUUUCAUUUUUAUGGAUAUGCUGUCUGUGUUCUACAUGUUGUACUGAAACAUUUCAGAGAAAACAAGAGAUCUUUCUCCUGGUGAUUUUUUUUUUUUUUUUUUUUUUUUUUUUUAAAUAAUUUGUCUUAUCCCAACUGUCCUUUCCAGCUGAUAUCCUCUGGGCCUUACUUAUCCGCUCCCUGUUAAAGUAGCUGUUAUAGAAAGUCGCCAUGGAACCACUCACUGCCUUAAUACAGUUGACCACAGCAGGUGAAGUCAGGAGACACACCCAGUCGAAAAGAACGGGCCACAAUCAAUGCCGUUCCGCAAAAAGCUCUUCACACCCAGACAGGCGUAUAUCUGAAGCACCUUGCAUUUCUUUUUCACUGAUGUACCACAUUUAGUGGUGCUUGUGUAGACAGUUCAUUCUACAAACACAUAAAUCCAGUGUGAAUUCUAAAUGUGCAUUAAUGUUUUUUUUGUUUUUUUUGUCUUCUAGUUUUUAAUAGUUAAGUCAGCCCGGCAGUGUGUGUGUGCACGUAGGCUAACAGAUAAGCACAGCUGAUUUUUCACUCUUGGGUGUGAGAAUGCCCACCAUCACCCACCCACCCGCCGUCACCACUCUGGAGCUCUUAAAGUGUCUUUCACAGUGCUGCCUGAGCCCCAGUGGGGCUGGGAGUGGGAGGGCAUAGCGGACACUGGUGUGGUCUGUCAAAAAAAAAAAAAAAAAAAAAAAAAAAAAGCAGAAAAUUACGGUGAGAAUCGGUCACUUUUUCUCUCUCAGGGUUCAAAUGCACACAUAUCCUCCAGCAGUCGCCCUCUGUCUUGUGUCCCUCAUCCCGAGUUUUCCGCCCUCAGAAUGUAGAACAGCCUCCUGCGUUUUUAGAAACCGCUCUCCCCUCAUUCCCCGUUUGUGCACAGGUCUGAACUUUUUUUUUCUGUUUUGCUUUCUUUUGGCACUGACAUCUAACCAUCUAACAAGGAAUGAAUGAAUGAAUGUUUGUUUGAAAGUGACUGUGUGUAAUGUUAAAAUUGGGAAAUGUAUUUUUACAACAU